GCCCAGUGGUUUUGAUGUUUGCAUCUGGACUCACCUUUAUGUUUAUGAAAAAAGUGUAAACAAUCCACAAAUAGUUUUUAACAGAAAGUAAACAAAUUUUCCUUUAAAUUGUACACUAUAAAAAAAGGUAAUGAAUUUUGCAGUUUAAAUAGUGAAAUAUAUUACAUGAUUCUGUAACGAUUGUCGUUAAACAAUUCUGUGAUUUUACUACAUUCAGGAUAGUAAUGAUUAUUUUAAGGAUUGGAUGAAAUAUGGGAGUUUUAGGUUUAUGGCGAUUAUUGGAUCCAGCUGGGAAACCUACCGCAGUUGAAACUUUAGAAGGAAAAGUUCUAGCCAUUGAUGUUUCAAUAUGGAUACAUCAAGUUUUACAAGGUUAUAAAGAUGGGAAAGGCGAUUCUCUGCAAAAUGCCCAUCUUCUUGGACUUUUUAAUAGAAUAUGCAAACUUCUGUACUUCAAAAUAAAACCCGUUUUCGUAUUUGAUGGUGGCGUUCCAAUGCUUAAAAGAAAUACAAUUGCUACUCGCAGGAAACUGAAAUCGAUUGCAGGCAGUAAAGCAAAAAAUUUACAGUCUAAAUUGAUGAGUAACUUAAUAAAACGUUUUGCUGUUAAUGAUGUUUUCGACCGAAAAACUGAUCAAGAACAAAGGAGUUCGUCAGUAGAAAUUUCAGAAGGAGCUGUUAAAUCCACUGAAGUCAAUGAUUUAUAUACAGUAAUUGAACAACCAAGUACCAGUAAAGAGCAAAUCGAUGAUUUUGAUUUUAUUGAUGAAUCUGACUAUGAUUCUUCUGAAGAAUCUAGUCCUCAUAAACAAUCUAAAUGGAUAGGAAAUAUCCAUAGUGUGAAUAUUGAUACGAACGAAUUUAGAUGUUUACCUGCUGAUGUAAGAUAUGAUAUUCUUACUGACCUCAAGGAUACAAGGAAACAAAAUUCUUGGGGCCGCAUUCAUGAAAUGCCACCAGUGUUGAAUGAUUUUUCGAAUUUUCAAAUGAAACGAUUAUUAAAACGUAGACAUGUUCAAGAGUCUUUAGAAACUGCAGAAAAAGAAAUAGGAGGUAGUAAAACUUUAACAUUAGAAGAAUUGGAUAAACUUUUAACUGAACAAGGCAUAGAAACAACAGAUCAUAAUAAUCCUGGAUUAAGAAUUGCCUCUGACAGUUCGUCUAGAGUUAUUUUUCUCAAUGAUAAAAAUGUAGAGCAAGAAACAACUAAUAACAUUACUACACAAACAUGUACAAAAGGCGAUAAGCUAAGUGUAAAAAAUGUACCAAUUUCUAUAGAAAAAUUAUCUCCUAGUGAUGUCGAUUUUAAAGAAACGUCUUCAUCUGAAAGUGUGCAGGAAUGGGAUGAAGACGAUAACUGGGAUUCAGAUGUAGAUAUUGUUUUAAAUCCAAUUCCUGAAACAAGUGUUCAAAGUAAUAGCACAACAGAGAAAAUAAAAAAAUAUAUGUUAGAGUGCACAUCAUUAACUGAAGAACAAAUUUCUAAUUUUAUAAAACAAAAAAGAAAGAAGAAGAAGAAGAAGCGUAAGUUUAAUAAGAAACUAGAAGUUUCAUUAAAAUUAAAAAAAGAAGAUAAAAAAAACAAUAUUAAUGAACCAAAAAGUAGUACGUCUGACAAUGUACAUCAAUCUAUUGUUGCUAACGAACAAAUUUUAUCUAAUAUUGAACAUUUAUGUAAUAAAGAGACAGAAAAAAAUAUAUUUCUAAAUUCUGAUUCUACUGAAAUUUCCAACGAAUUGCUUGACGAUAAAAGUGUCUCUUUAAUGGAAAUAUCAGAUAAAGUUAAAGAACCUUUAAAUAUUUCGAGUGUGCAAGAAAUAUCGUCAGAAAAUAGCGAUAAUGAUGAUAAAGAAUUUAUUACGGUUGGCUGUAAUAAACGCACGGAGAAAAAUACGAAUUUACUUUCGGAUGAAAUUUCAAAAGAUUCACUUGUCGAUAAAACUAUUUCUUUGAAAGAAAAAUCAGAAAUAUCUGAGAAAGUUUUAAAUAUUUCAAAUGUGAAAGAAAUAUUUUCAGACAGUAGUGAUUCUGAUGAUGACUUUAUCGAAGUAGAUAAUUCAAUUUCUGAAGCAAGUUUUACUCGUAAACAUGAAACUAAAAACAGUUUUGAUAUCAUUGUUAAACAUGUCAACAAUUUAGAAAAUGAUCUAUUUGCUGAUGUUUUUGAAAUUGAAAAAUCAAAAGAUUUGUCAGAUACAAUGGAAAAGGAAACUGUUGAUUUAAAUGAUGAGAAUUACGAUUUGAAAAAUUUGGACAAUAAAGAUAUCAAGGAAGAACAAAGUAGUAAAAAAGAAGAAUCAAAAAGUGAUUUUAAAAAUAAAUCACCUUCUUCCGAAUCAACUGUAGAAUCAAAUAUUACUUCCAUUACAUCUUCUCAAUUAUCAGAAGCUUUAAAUUCUAUUUCUUUACCUCUCGCUGGAAAAGAUAUUAUUUCGACAUUGGAUAUAUUGGAAGACGAACGAAAGGAACUAAAUGCAGAAAUAGGAAAAUUAGAAAGGCAGGCAGUGAAUAUCACUGACCAAAUGUGUACAGAAGCACAAGAACUUCUUCGCCUUUUUGGAAUACCUUACAUUGUAGCUCCAAUGGAAGCAGAAGCUCAGUGCGCUUAUCUGGAACAAAUAAACCUCACUGAUGGAACAAUAACAGACGAUUCGGAUAUUUGGCUUUUUGGUGCGAAGUGCGUUUACAAAAAUUUUUUCAACAACAAUAAAACCGUUUUGCAAUUUCGAUCUUGCGACAUUCAUCAUCAUUUCAAAUUAUCAAGACAGCAACUGAUUCAGCUUGCUUUAUUAGUUGGAAGCGAUUACACUUCAGGAUUGCGUGGCAUUGGACCUGUGACGGCUAUGGAAAUUCUCGCUGCCUUUCCAUCGGGAGAUGAAAAUCUACUUCAAGGACUAGUUAAUUUUUCAGACUGGUUUAAAUCGGGUAAACUUUCUGAAUCAAACAGAACAAAUCUUCGAAAUAAAUUAAAAAAUACACAAAUUGCAGAUGGCUUUCCAAGUCAAUCUGUGGUACAAGCUUACCUUUUUCCAACGGUUGAUGAAUCCAAAGAAAAAUUCACUUGGAAAAAGCCAAAUGUAAAUCUUUUGUUUGAUUAUGUUAAACAAAAAUUUGGUUGGGAUAAACUUAAAUUUGAGGAAAAAAUUAAUCCAAUUAUGAAAAAAUUGUCAGAAGGCAGAUCUCAAAAAGGAAUUGAUGCAUAUUUUCAAUUUCGAAUGGUACCAAAGAAUAUUAAAGGCAGUUUAAGUAAACGACUUCAAUCGGCUGUGAGUAGAAUGGAAUCGGGAACGGUAGAAGAAAAUAGUAUUAAGGAAAAAAGUGCAAAAGCUAAUUGUAAUGAUACUGAAGUAGAUGAUGAAGUCGAUUCGUUACUUCUUGUUAAAGAAUUAGAAGAUCAAGUGCUUUCUAAAAGUACUUUCAAAGGCGAGGCUAAUUGUUCAAAAUUUAAAGAUUCGUCUACACAAAAAUCUCAACUGGCUGCUGUAAAUUUCGAUAAAAGGAGUGAGGAGUAUAUACCUCAGAAAGAAAGUUCUCGAAUAAAAGCAGCAAAGAAUAAAAUUCAUGCUAUAGAAGUAUUUAAUAAGUCAAAAAAGAAAUCAGCUCGUGCGAAAAAGAAGGUAAGACAUUCCGGUAAAAUACUUAAAAAAGCUCAACUGUCAGAAAGUAGUAGUAGUAGCUCUUAAAUAAAAUAUACUCAUUUUUCGCAAUAACAAUAAUAAUAAAAUAAUAAUAAUAGCAAUAAUAAUGUUUACUUCUCUUGCAACUGAAUAUUUUUUUCUUCAUUAUUUUUUGAAUAUAUAUCAAUAUUUAUUAGCAUUCAUAUAAAAGAUUUAUUGAAAAAACAAGCAGUUUUACUAUGUUGUAAAUAAAGUUAAAUAAAGUUAUAUUUUGCAUAUGAUAAAAAGAUUUUGAUGAACAUAAAAGAUCUGUUUACAAAUAUUCCAAAAAAUAAUUUAUAUUACAUUUAUAUCGAGAAAAAUUUAAAAUAGGUUUUUGUUACAAUCAUAGGGUUCACUGAUCACAUUUUAAUAAAAAAGAAAUCUUUACACCGUCGGAUUCAUAAUAAAAAAUUAACCUAUGUAUCCUAUUAGUAAUUAAAAUUUUUAAUUAGAGCAGAAGAUAAUUAAGUGUUAAUUAUAACCUAUGUACAGAGAUUUUAGAGAAUUAAUUUUUAAGAAGCUGCCAUCUGCCAAACGAAGUGACCAAUCUUCUUCAAAAUACUUAUUUAAAAGAACUAUAUUUCGUAUAUGAACUGAUCGCAAAAGGUAGAGAAGAAGAAAACUUUGUAAAUAGUGUCGUUUUUUAUCCACAUUUUUAAUAAGACAGGCUCACUUUCCGCGAGAAAAAGAACUAUCUACAUUUUUAAUAUUAAGUAAUAAAUAUAUACUUAUUUAUAUUGUAAAUAACUUUUCAAAAAAACUUUUUUAAAUUAAUUUUUUGAAAUAAUUAAAAUAAAUUAUUAAUUUCAAAUAAAAUUAAUAAUUUUAUUUGAACAAACAUUCAUAAAA